UAUGAACUUUAUCAAAAAUACUCCUUAUGCUAUCUUGGCAUUGUCAGGGAUUUUAGGAAUGGGAUAUUUAAUCUAUGAUUAUAAAAAAUGCUAAAAGGAGUUAAAUUAAUUUGAGGCUGAUUUGAUAAAAUUUUAAAAGGAUUAGGAUCUUAAUAAGGAUCCAUAAGAUUUUUUCUUUGAGUCAAAGGAUGUGCCAGUUAAUUCAAAAUUGAGUUCCAAUGUUUAAGGUCCAAGAUAAACAUUUUGUAUAUGUAUUACAGGUGGACCAGGAAGUGGUAAAACAAGUGUAGUCACAUUUUUAUAAGAAAGACUUAGAGACUUUUAAUAUAAUGUUAUAGUAGUUCCAUUAUUAGAUGAUUAUAUAUUAGGUUAAGAUUAAGAAAUUAUAUAAAAAUUGAGUAAGUAGGAGAGAAAUUAAUUUAUAAUUAAAAAAGUGAUGUUGAUGCAAAACUUACUAGAUUAUUCUAAAGAGUUGGCAAAAUAAGUGAAAGAUAAGGAUUCUAUAAUUCUAUGUUAAGGUGGGAUUUUAGAUUUAUUAUCUUAUUAAGAUGAAAAAGAUUAAAUUUUUUAAGAUCUUCAUGAUGAAUUUAAGCCAUUGGCAACAUUAAGAGAUAAAAAUUAUGAUGCUGUUAUACAUUUGGUUACGAAUGCUGAUGGACUAUAAAAAAAUUUUUAUUUUGGCAAUUCAUUCAUUAAUAGAGAUUAAGAAAUUAAAAAGGCAAUAGAUGCUGAUAAAUAAAUUUAAAAAAUAUGGAUGGGUCAUCCUAAUCAUUUUUUGAUUGAUAAUCGCGGACUUACAUUUGAUAAAAAGAUUUAAAGAGCUUAUAAGACUGUUUAAAAAAUAUUAGGGAGAGUAUAAACAAAUAUUCGAUGGAGUAAAUGGUUAUUAAAAUCAAGUAUAAAUUAUAUAUAAAUAUAAGUACGUAUUCCAUCUGCACAAUAUCAUACUAAGAUAAAAAUUACAGAUAUUUUCUUUUUAGAUAAUAAUAGUUAAAAUUAAAAAGAAAUAAAUAGAGUAAGAAUGAGAUAAGUAGAAGGAGGUUUAAAAUAAUAUUAUUAGAUAACAACUAAAACAUCUAAGAAUAAAGAGGAUGUUUAAUUUUUAAGAAGGAUAAUAUCAUUUUCUCAAUUUCAUCAAUUAGUCAAUAAAGGAUAGAAUUAAAUGAAGAUCUUGAAAAGAGACAGAAUUUGCUUUACAUGUUAAAAUUAGUAAUUAUAAAUAAUUAUCAAGAUUAAUGUAAGUAGAUUUAUUUGAAUAAAAAUAAUUGGGAAUUUUAAGAUUAACAAUAAAUGAUGCAACAGAAAGUUAUGCCGUUCCUAAAUGGAUAGUAAUUGACAAAAGAAUAGAUAGUAAUAAUAUUUAUUAAUAUUAGACAAUCCUAAAUAUGAUUCCUUUAAUUUGGCUUAACUAAAAGAACCUUGAAC